AUGGCAAAGUGCAUCCCGAAUCCGUACAUCACAAUCGAUGUGGCGGAGGCCGAAACAGGUUGGAUCGUCUUGGAAGCUGGCGACGGAGGCGUUUCGGGACCUGCUCCUGGCCAGGCCCCCGGUGUCCACACCACGAUUUCCUAUGCCUCCACGGACGGAGAGUACAAGGACGAUGGGAAGAGGAAGUGCUUCGUGGUCAACGGCCGCUACCGAUGCCACAAUUUGGAAGCCCAUGGAUUCGCGCUGAUGCGCGCUCCCUUAGAGAAGACUCAAGGCCAUGACUUGUACAACUACCUGGUGGCGAGCAAGGUCCUGUACCCUCUGGCUGAAGACGUCCUCCGCCGAGCGUUUCCAACCUCGACGAAGGUUCUGGUGUUCGACCACAUCGCCCGCAAUGAUGCGCGGUAUGCCCAGGAGGCGAAAGCCGGCGAGAUCACGAAGAUGUUGGCAUCAUCCUACGCUUUCCACGUGCAUGGCGACUACACCGUGCGAUCAGGCUUCAGUCGAGCCAGGUCUCUCCUAGAGCCGCACGAAGAUUCGGGCCGCAUCGAGGCCGCGAUCCAGCAGCGCUUUGCCUUCGUGAACGUUUGGGUGCCGCUGAAGAAGGUCGAGAGGGAUCCCCUUGGCAUGAUCGAGUGGAGCAGCCAGCGACCGCAGGACGUGGUCUCCAUCAAGUUCAUCUAUCCGCACCGCACCGGAGAGAUCUACAGGGUGCUGCCGUCGGACCACCACCGGUGGGUCUACUACCCGGACAUGAUGCCCGGCGAGUGCUUGAUUUUUAAGGUUUUCGACUCGGCCACAGAUGGGCGAUCCCGCUUCUCGUUGCAUGCGGCUUUCCAGGAUCCCAACUGCCAGCCCGAUGCGCCCAGCCGGGAAAGUAUCGAAAUGCGAUGCGUCGUCUUCUUCGGUGACUUGCCCAAGGACUUCGCAUCUUCCUUUGUUGCACCGCCGAUGCCUCAGUCGUCACGCCACGGCGCGGGGAGGUGCAGAGCGAUUCCUAAGCCCAUCUUAUGUAAUUAG